UAGCGGCGGCCUCGCCGUGGGCAACCGGUUCGUCUGCUCACUCCGGCAGCGCUCGCCCGGCCGCGCGGACGUCGGCGCAGCACGCAGCACGCACCAGGAUUCCUUCACAAGAGAGGACAAAGUAAAUACUCCAGAAUUGGAAUCAAGAACAGCUGCCAACAUAAGAAACUCUGAAGUCGACAUCCUCCGUGCAGCGAAGUAACGUAAAGCUCUUAAUAAAGGCACGAUGAAGCUGUACGUAUGCAUGCUGCUGCUUGGUCUCGUGUGCGCACAUCCCGCACUGGAGGUGAGCCGCGGCCGGAAGGAGGGCUUUGAUAGCGAUAAGAUUUCCUUCCCGGAAGACAUCUCGUCACCGUUCGUCGAGAAGCAGGAGAUUGUGGCCGACCACUACAAGAACGCCGUGAAGGCUCUGUUCGAGGUGGUGAUACGGCUGAAGAGGGUGGUCGCUGGCGCCGAGGAGCACGGCGGGAACUUCAUCGUGUCGCCGCUCAGCGUCGCCGUGGCGCUGGGGCAGAUCUUGUUAGGCGCCCGCGGAGACACCCGGCGGCGGCUGGCGAGCAUCCUGACCCCUCUGGCGGGCACUCGGCUGGACGAGCCGCUGCACCGCGAGCUGGGAGCGCUGCUGCGGCUGCUGCAGGAGGCGCCCCGGAGGCACGACUUCACGCUCGACGUGGCCGCCGCCUUCUUCCUGCAGGACGGCCUGCCCGUCCGCGACAGCUACCGCUACUCCGUCAACAGGCUCUACGGCACAGACCUGCUGCGUCUCGAUUUCGCGAGGGACCCAGUGGGUGCGCAUAGGCGUGUGAACGCGUGGGUGUCUGAGCACACUCGCGGCCACAUAGACAGCAUCCUGUCCCACCCUCUUCCGCCGACGACGGCCGCCGUCCUAGCCAACUGUAUCUACUUCAACGGUCGCUGGGAACAGCCGUUUGACCCGAAUGUCAGCAUAGAGGCACCUUUCCACCUCAACUCCAGCAGCACUGUGCCAGUCACUCUGAUGCGCAACACCAUCGAGGCUAUGUACGCCAACAGCAGUACUUUCAGCCUCGUUGCGCUGCCCUAUCGACACCAGCAGGCUGCUAUGUACCUCGUCCUGCCACAUGACAAGCACGAGGACAUCGGACAGUUCAUGUCUGAACUUUCAUUACAGGAACUGCACCGUGUGAUCGAAUCAGUAACUCUCCACGUUGUCAAUCUUGUCAUGCCGAGAAUGAGUCUGUCGACGGUGUUCAGCCUUCGUGGACCUCUUGCGAGGCUGCAGAAACGGAAGGUGCCGGAUGAGGAGAACGAGUAUGAGAAGACCUCGGAAAACGUGGUAACGCUGCAAGGAAAGGAACAAAACAAUUCCUGUAAUAGCUCUCAUCUAGAGUGUGAGCGGCUUGUUGAUAGUGAACACGUUAAUGAAUCAAUCAUAGUUACACAGACGGCUACGCACGGAAAUGGCACAGAUGUCUUAAGAAUGUCGGCGCUGGACGACACCAGUUCUGAUGAGUACAGGUUGGCCAGGUUAUCUGAAACGGAACGACAAUACUUUAAAGCGAACAACAAUCACAGUUAUGCUGAAACAGCUGCAGCGCUGACUGACUUCUACAAGCCCUACAUUAACUCUGCCUCGGUUCCCAGCAACGGCAAAAAACCGGGUGAUUUGUCGCUUAAGUGGACCCGAACGCAAAACAAAACGACUGUAUCGAAACCGGGCAGUACUCCGCCGGAUCCGAGCUUCAAACCCGCGACGAGGCAGAGCAGUCCGGCAACGACAACAGAAACAUCGAAUACUGGCAGCCCACGGCCGCCCAGCGAACUCGUGCUGGACGUGACCGGGGCUUCCGACGAUCCGAGAUUCCGUAUCGACGACAUCAUCCACCAGUCGUGGCUGGAAGUCACCGAGACGGGGACUGAAGCGGCCGCCGCCACUGUCUCCGCCAUCGACUACUCGGGAGAUUCGGUCGUCUUCCUCGUCAACAGACCGUUCCUCUUCUUCAUCAGGCACGAGGUGACGCUGGCACCUAUCUUCUGGGGAGUCAUCACAGACCCUACGUCUGCCAGUUCCUCGCUUUCUGCUGUGUAGCGACCUGAACAGCUGGAAUAGUGUGUGUCGAAAACCUUUUGGAUGAAAAUUAUACAGAUGGCAAAAAAUCAUGAUAUGAAUAAAUUGCGAUAAGGAAUUGA